UGACCCUAAUGUACAGGCUAAUCAAAUCAGGAAGUUGCCGCCUCUUCCUCCGCGUUGACACCUAUUGUUCUACUCAGUCAGAGAAACAGUUUGCAUCUGAACACCACGUUGAAAGGAGAGUCACUUUUAGCUCUAAAAUAUGCUGGAUCAGGUAGUGCUCAUUGCAGGAGUAACGGUGAUGGGUGUGUUAGAGCAAGCUUACUUCUCUCUGCAGGUGAUAUACGCCAGACGCAAGUACUCUGUCUCCCCACCCAGCACCUCAGGACCCCCAGAGUUUGAGAGGGUCUUCAGAGCUCAAGCCAACUGCUCUGAAUAUUUCCCGAUCUUCAUCAUCAUCCUAUGGGUGUCUGGACUCUUCUUCAGCCAAGGUCUGUCAGCACUAUGUGGACUCCUAUACCUGUACGGGCGCUACCAGUACUUCAGGGGCUAUGCUAAAAUGGCACACGGACGACUAGCCCCUCUGUAUUUCUGUGCCAAGGUUCUGUGGGUUCUGAUCGGGUUUUCCGCCCUGGGGAUUCUGGGUUCUAUGUGUCGGUUCUACCUGGAUCUGGACCUGAAGCAGCUCGCCAGUUCUAUCCUGGACCUGAUUGAGGAGGAGGGGGGGGACUGUAAGGGAUGAGCAGGAGGAGAAGAGAUUAAAGGAGAGAUGAUGGGAUACACUAACAACUGCAGACAAGCUACCUUCAUUGCCAAAUCAAGACUACUAAAUGGAAUUGUUGAUUGAAGUAGGGAAAGAUGUGUUCCAACCUUGAGCUGCAGUUUUGAAAUGAUAGUUAUGUCCGGUCUAGGCCUAUUGUAGGCUAUUUUACGAACUGCUUGUGUGCCAUUUAGAUUGAGGUUACAGUCCCCUUAAACCAAGGCAUGUUUCAGACUGAAAUAUGGAACAAAAACAUUGUUUUGAUGAAAGCAAACAGGGUAGGCCUAUUCAUUAAUUAGUAAAGUUAGCUUAAUCUUUUCCAAAAACCUGCAUACCAAGUGUAAGCUCAUAUCAAACACAGCCAAAAGAAACACCUGCCAAAUGUGAGUACCUAAUAGUUAAGAAGGGAAUCAUUUAAGCUUUAAUGCUGUUAACUGUGUGUCUCAACUCAUAUUAAAACGGGAGCGAACAGUGAUAUUGAUUAGAAAGAAGCACCUGUUUGGGUAGCGUGAGUCGCAGCUCAAAUUGCCCCCAGUCCUUCAUUUAGCAAAUCACCUUGCAACUCCAGUAGGCCUAAGUGUUUUUCAGUUUAGACAGAGAAUAUAGGCCUAAACAUUUUAUUUAGUUGUCCAGUGUGCUGACUGACUAGUGUGCUAGCUAGCCUGUGUGUUUAGUGUCAUUAAUUGCCAUAAGAAAAAGGCUUGUGGAAAAAGCAACUCCCUUGCUAUCAUUAUUGCCAAAAAAUUAAAUGUUAUCUUACUUCACUUGUCUACUAUUCGGCUACUGUAGAAGGUUAAAAGUAUAUAAAUAAUCCACAUUUGUGAAUUCCAACUCUGUUCAAGCAAGGGAACUUCCUUACAAAAUUAGCAAGCAAUUUGGUAAAACCCGAGAGAAAAAAAGGGGUUAGACUGUUAUAAGUGUGCUGAUGCAUCCAAACGAUGUUAAAGCCCCAUGUUUAUUUUAUUUAGAAAUUAUUUUAUGUCUAAAUCUGUUUGUUUAUUGAAAAUAACUCAAAUUCAAAAUAUAUUAUUUCACCGAGCGUCCUUUUGCCAUUGGAAUGCUCAGUCUGAUCUUGUGGGUGUGUUGAUACAAAUGUAAAUAUAUUUACAUAUUCAGCCCUGAUUGGUGGAUAGAAUCGUCUAGACCAGGGAUGGGCAACUGGCGGCCCAGCCCUCCCUUUGUAGGCCCGCGGACCAAUUUCCAAAGACCAAAGAAAAUAUUGUUGCGAUCUAAACUUGCAGUAAUCAUGGUCGAAUUACCAAACAUUUCUCUCCACUCUAUUGCAAAAUGUGUAGCAUUGCAGUAAGUUAGCUGUAAAACUGCACAUUUUUCUCUCUGCCCCAUGGCAAAAUGAGUAGAAUUGCAUGAAAUGAUUUAUAAAAUUGCUAAAUCUUCUCUCUGCUCCAUUACAAAAUGUGUAGAUUUUUAGCAAACUUGCCUUAAAACUGCAAAUGUUGCUUAGGGCCUCCAAAAGCCUAGGGUCUGCUCUAACUGCAUGUGUGGGUAUGCAGACCCACGAGCCAAUACGGCCUCCCAUGAUGAGUUCAGAUUUUUUGUGGCCCUCACCCCCAUCAACGUUGCCCAUCCCUGGUCUAGACUCUAGAGCCUACCCCGUGUACCCCUUCAAAGUAGGAGGAUACAUAUGCAAAUAAAAAAUGAUUGGUCAGAAUAAUCAGAUUCUGAUGUCAUUAUCUGGACCAAAAAUGCCAUCUCACCUAAAGAAAGGUACUUUACAUUUUAAUGAUUAAAUGGCCCAAAUUUUGUGCAUGUUAACUGACAAUUUUAUUUGGGGUAAGUAAAACAUGACCUCUUUUUGGCCAAUGGACAAAAGGCCCAAUGUAGCUGUUUUUAUAUCAAUAUCAAAAAUAUCUGCAUAACAAUUUAAACCUUACAGUAAUAGUUUUCCAUUAAAAUUGACCAAAAUAGCUUUUUAGCAAAAAUAAAAUUUUUCUAGCAAGAAUUAUUUCUCUGUCUAACUUGGAGUGGUCUUAGUGGGGAGGAGAAUUUAAAGUAGCUGUUAUUAGCAGCGAGGUUUGGAACGCUGUUAUUGGUCUGUUAACCAACUAUUAGCCUGGUGAUGUCAAGCCCAAACUAAAACCCAUUCAAACAUGCUGAUUAGAAGGUCCUGUGUGGAUAGUUGCUUGUUGAAAAUACAGGAAAUAUCAGGAAAUAACUGACUCAUUUUUUCACAAGUUUAAUCAGCUGUUGUACAAUAUGAUAUAAAACACAGGGAAAAACUGAUUUUUCAUUGCACUGGGCCUAAUGUCAACACAAGUAUAUUGUGUGAAAUGGUUUUUGGAAUCCCCUGUUUUCCAUUGGUGAUUUAGUUUCUGUUGUAUGGCCCAGUGAUCUGUGCUGGAUCUUAGUGUUAAACAUCAAGAAAUAAAAAACAUUUGGAUUACUGUUAUUUGA